AUGAAUAAAGAACUAUGAAAUCUUCUCCCUGAAGAUGCUAAGAACCAGGCUGGGGAGACAGGUGCCACGGCAGGUGGCAAUCCCAGUCCUGACUCUAUUGAUAUUGAAGAUAUGGGAGAAAAGUAUUCUCAGUUUAUUUCCUUUAUAAUGAAUAACUCAAAUGCAGAUGAUGACUUUUUUGAACAGAUCAAGAACAACCCUCGGGAACUUAAAAGGCAAUGGGGCUUAUUUAAGAAGUCGAGCUUUGCUCGACAAAACAAUUGUGCCUCAGGGGCUGAUAAUUAUAAACCUAACCGGGUAGAGAACGCUACAUCUGUUAAACAAGAAAUAGACUUUGACAACCACAGGUCUCGGAAGAAUACAAGUAGUAAUUACAAGAUGAGAUCCAAGAGGAAACCAAACGUGGUAUUACGGAUAGAUGACGAAAUGACAACGAUGAAUUGGCUCAGGAACUUCAAGAAAUAAAUUAAAACCCUAUAAGCUUGAUUAUAAGGAUAAUGAAUAUGAAAGUUCAGAUUUUGAUCCUUUAAAUAUUGUUGUCCAUGACUCUAUUAAGGACAAGAAGAAAGAUGUAAGCUCUAAGGACAGCUCAAGAAGAAAACCUAGCUUUAAGAACAUAGAUUUUGGUACCCUUGAGGAUGGAAGUAAUCUGCAAAUGAUCCCUUCAACCAAUAUGGUCAAGGAUUAUAAAUCAAUUAGGCUUGAAGUGCCUUACUCUCCUCAGCCCAGAAGGAUUGAAGAGACUCCUGAAGAGGAGAAGGAUGAUGAAGACUCUGUCAAUAUUACUUAUACAGAGAGUCAAUAUAUUUGUGAUGGUCGUAAAGACACUUUUAACAAAAAUUCUACUCUAAACAAGGUCGAUCUCCUUCCUAAAUUCGAAGAGACAGCACCCAUCCAGCAAGCUGUUCCAUUCGAAAUAAUCAAAAAUCUUAGUAAGAAUUUCUUUAAAUAAGAUCAAAAGUGUGGAUAAUCUCAACAAACGUCCUAGGAGCACCUCAAGAGGUGCUUCCAAGCAUAAUAUGAAUAAUGUGAAACAGUUAAAAUAACAAGAAAAGAUCAAAGAGUAAGCACACAAGUAAGCGAAGAAGUACUUCUAAUAAGAGGAGCUCUAAGAUGUUCAGGAAAUUAUAAAAAUCAUGAAGAAGAAAUAUAAGCAGAUGACUAACCGGCAUUCAAAGGUCAGAAGCUCCUCUCCUUACCGGUCAAUGCAGCGCAAAGGUCAGAAUGCCAACUGAUGUAAACCAUCUGGGAGCGAGGCUAUGAGUAGUUAUUUUAAGAGAGUUCAGGGAGCUAAACAGCACCAAGACUCUAAUAAGAGUAAGAUUCACAGGUCUGUUUCAAAACAAACCUCAAAGAACAAGUUACGGAAGAUGAAUAGAGUUGGAUUUUUGAAGCUUGUCCCAUAUAUCAAUGAAAAGAAGCUCAAGCUUGAUCUUCAAGUAAAUAAUAAAUAAUAAAAACAAGGUUUGGCCUCUUCAA